AGACAUCUCCUGCAAGCCCAGGAAAAAAUGGGCAGAACAUCACGACUACAGGCACUAGCAAGAUGCAAGGGAUCACCCAUACAAGCAAUCCAGGAAACCCAUCAUCCACCUCUGCGAUGUCACCUGCCACAGUUCAAGAGACCACCCCCACAAACAACCCGGCAAGCCCACCGUCCACCCCUGUGAUAUCACCCACCACUGUUCAAGGGACCACCCGUACAAGUAACCCAGGAAACCCACAAUCCACCCCUGCGACGUCACCUGCCACAGUUCAAGGGAUCACCCUCACAAACAACCUGGGAAACCCACCACCCGCCCCCACGACAUCACCCCACUCGUCUCAGCAGGUCAGCUCUUCAAUCAGCUCCGGAACCUCAACAGCCGCCCCUGCUGCAACCUCCAGCGCCGCCCAGCAGACGACUAGCCCUCCAGCCAGCUUGGGAAGCUCAGCAGCCACCACUGCUGCCAAUCCCAUCCCCACUCAUGUGAGCAGCCCUCCAGCCACCCCAGGAGGUUUAGGGACUGCUGUCACGUCCCCUCCCACCGUGGAAGCUCAGAGAAGCCAGCCUUCGCAUCAGUUGACCAGCACCGCUGCAAGCACCGGAGUCCCAAGGAGCGAUCUUCCCACUGGGCUCAAGGACUAUGGUGUCUCUUCUCCCACAUCUGUCACCAAGCAGCCUCACUCUUCUUCCAGUUCUCCAGUCCAGGGAUUGGCCUCUUCCACCAGACCUGGAAGCAUCGACACUUCUGUUACCUCUGUUAAUGGAUCCGUGUCCCCCACCACUAGUAAAGCGUCUCUGUCUUUACCACCCGGCAGCAUCGACAAGGUCUCAGAGGCAGCCACCACGACGACUCCUGGAGCAGACCAGAGCAGCCAUGACGCCAGAUCUGUGUCAACCAAACCUGCAAGUGCUGACCAGAGCCCUGCCAGUGCCCAGCCAUCGGCCCCAGCCCCGGGGGACCAGACGGCGAGCAGCAGUCCUGGCCACCAGCACCCUAACGCUUCUUUCCAAAAUGAGGUCAUCUGUAAAGACCAGGUGCAAAAUGAUUGGCCCAUCAUGUAUCUGAAAGAAGCUAAAACCUGUGCUGAAUGGAGGACUGCCAGCGUCAACAUCUCCUUCUUCGAGAGCUUCUGCUCGACGGGCCAGCACGCUUUCAACGCCAGCAGGGAAACGUGCACGGUGAUGCUGACCUCCAGCGAGCCCCGCUCCCAGCGCUGGGCCGUGCAGGCGGUCGUGCACCUCCCUUUGGACCCUGAAAAAGUCCUCCAGGAGCUGAAGGAGAAGGACAAGUUAGAGGAGCUCGGCAUCGUGAACAUCACCUAUGACAAAAUGGAGAGGGAGAUGAUAAUCAACGAUGAGUUCAGCACGCCCCUGAUCAUCACCAUCGUCACCCUGGCCGGCUCCCUGCUGCUGAUCGCGGCCAUCUACGGCUGCUGCCACCAGCGCUUCUCCCAAAAGAAGGACCAGCACAUCCACCCUGAUCUCCCCGGGUUUGAUGAUGGACAUGUGGCCCUGAUCUUUAAUCAGCGCCUGACCGAGGAGCUGCAGACGAUGGAGAACGGCUACCACGAUAACCCCACGCUGGAGGUGAUGGAGACCUCCUCCGAAAUGCAGGAGAAGAAGGUGAACCUCAACGGCGAGCUGGGGGACAGCUGGAUCGUUCCUCUCGACACCCUCAUGAAGGAGGACCUGGAGGAAGAGGAAGACACACAUUUAUAGGAUACAGAACUCGAUCAAGCAAAA